ACAACAGAUGUCCCUCUGCCGCGCCGGUCGACUACCAUUUGGCAUUUACCCGUUACCGCCUUCGUCGUCGUACAAGACGGAAAAAAACGCGCGCGCACCCGCAAACACGCACCGUCAUUCACCCGCACUCGCACGCGCUGUACACCGUAACGCACGUCAACACGACGUCGGGUCAACGUUUUUCGCGUUUUGUUUAUCUCUCCGAUAUUUUAUUAUACAUUUUAUUAUCAGAGAUUUAUGUACCGAAUAUAAUAUUAUUACUGUUGUAAUAAUAAUAAUUAUGUGUGUUUGACACGGUUUUAUCACCGUCGUAGACGAGACACGUCCGAGAGUCCAACRUCGUCACAGUCUCGCGCGCCCCCGACGGAUUUGGAUAUUACGUUAUCGCGCGUCGUCCAUCAUUAUUCAAGUUCAAGUUCGUACUGUUCGUAGUUUYGUACAUGUCCCGGUGCACCGAGUGACACCACUGACUGUAGUGACUACUGACGUUCAGCGACGACAAACGGCUAGGAUCAGAGAUCAUCAGUAGUUGUUGUCGAGCUCGCCGAACCUUUGACCGCCGCCUUCCGAUUUGUCUUCGAUUCGAACCGUAAUCAGCGAUUGAUUGUUUUCCAGUGUAAUAAUGGCCGAUCAACAGCAAUAUUUCUUGAAAUGGAACGAUUACCAGAGCAACAUGGUGUCGUCCUUCAAACACCUGAGGAACGAGAAAAGUUUCACCGACGUAACACUUGCCUGCGAAGGACAAACGUGUAAGGCACACAAAAUGGUGUUAUCAGCCUGCAGCCCUUACUUCAAAGCACUGUUAGAAGAAAACCCAUCAAAACAUCCAAUCAUAAUACUCAAAGAUGUACCUUUCAGUCAUUUGCAGUCUAUACUUGAAUUUAUGUAUGCAGGAGAAGUUAAUAUAAGCCAGGAACAACUGCCAGCCUUUCUUAAGACAGCUGAUCGUUUGAAGGUCAAAGGUCUUGCAGAAGCUCCACAAACUAUUAAAAAAGAUUAGUAUCUACUCAACAUUGCUAAAUAUGUUUUUAAUUACUUUAAUCUUUAUUAGUAUACUAAUGAAGAGCCCAAAUUUGCAUUAUUUUCCUUUCCUUUUUUAAUGAAUUAUUAUUUUAUUUGUAUUUACCUAUAUUAUACAUUUGUCUAUACAUUUUACAACAGUACAAUUAAAAGCCAAAAAUAACAAAAAAAAUUAAAUAUUUAUUUUAUAGGAAUAAAUUCUUAAGUAUAGACAUUAUGUGUUAAUAUGUAGUUGCAAAAUGUAAUUUUUGUUGUUACAUAAAACAAAAACAAAUC